GGAGGCAAUUUCAAAAUUUCCACUCUCGGUUGUAAGCAAGAAUAAAAUCGAAUGAAUUUACAUGAUUUUAGAAAACAUUACAAAAAUAUGAUUGAUGUUGACGAUGAAGAUAGCGGAAGGAGUGAUUCCGACGAACGGUUCGAUGAUGCAACGGAAAUGCCAGGUGAAGGAUGUAACGAAAGUUUUAAAGAUCUACUUACUGAAUGUCAAUCAGUAACUGAUAUAAAUAUGAGAUACGCUGGAGAUAGUAACAUUGAAAAUGAAAUAGAAAAAAAUAAUAACAAAGAAGAUGAAGCGGGUGAUAAAGAAAUUAAUGAAAAUAGUAAAGUUGAAUUAAGUAUUGAUGAAUUGAACGAACAAAGAAAUAUUCGAUGUGAAUUAUGUAAAUAUUUUUAUGUUAUUGGGAAUGAAACUCAUAUUGUACACGCUCAUGAACCAUGGCCUAAAGAUGUAAAACUUUUCCAACCCUAUGAAGUAGAACAAAUUCUUCUUCCCGACAAUGCAAAUUGUUUAGCUGUUCAAGCAUACCUAAAAAUGUGUCACUUAGAUUUUCAAAUUGAAUCAAGAGCGAAUGCAGAGUUUAUGUCACCCACUGGAAAAGUUCCAUUCAUUAAAUGUGGCGCCUUUGUUGUUGCUGAAUUAGAAGGAAUUGUCUCAUUUGUUGCACAAAAAGGAAUCACUCUUACUGAGCACUUAGAACCUGACCAAAAGGCUGAUAUGAGAGCAUAUAUUGCUUUGAUUAAUAAUGUGCUUGGAAAUGCUGAAAAUUAUGUCUGUUGGUGUGAUAAAGAAACAUAUUCUGAAGUUACUAAGCCUCGAAAUGGUUCUGUUUAUCCUUGGCCUUUAAAUAUAUUACAAACUUGGAGUAAAAAAUCGAAACAGGUUAAACAUUUGAAAACUUUGGGUUGGUAUGAAAAGAGUUUAAAAGAGGUUUUCCAAGAAGUUGAAACUUGUUGUCAAGCUUUAACUGAUCGACUGGAGGGUAGUAUUUAUUUCUUUGGAGAUAGUCCUACAGAAUUAGACGCUUUAUUAUUUGGACAUUUAUUCACAAUUUUAACAACUCCACUGCCCAAUUCUGAUUUAGCAGCAACUGUAAGAAAAUUUCCGUCCCUUAUCAAUUUGGUCCAAAAAGUAGAAAAGGAUUACUUCAAGCGUGAUAGAGAAAGUUUGGAUCGCUGACAGUUCUUUAUCAAAAAAAUGUAGAAGUAGUCUUUAUUAAUUGUAUAUUAUUGUUUAAUAUUGCUAAAGAAUAAAAUAUAACUUUAUAACAAGUCGAAUUCGUUACUUACUGUAAGGAAAAAUAAUUAGUAACAAUUAAUCUCAAAAUUGUUAAUCUUCUUUCCAUAAAAUUAUAGAGGGAUCACCCUGUUGGACACUACAUUUAAAAUAUAUUGAAAAGUACUGAUGGGGAAAUUGAAAGAGGAAAUUGAGAGGGGUGAGUUGUUGCCAAUAUAUAUUGAAACACCUGGCAGAUAGGGAAUUGAACAAGAAGGGAGGAAAGUUGUAUGCAUUGUUCAUAGACCUUAUCAAAUACCUUCUAUUUGAUAAGGUGGAUACAGGGAAGAUGUGGGAGGAAAUGAGGAGGAGAGGUAUCACAGAACUGCAGAUUGAGAGAGUGAAGGAGGAUACAUACAGGGAGGUAGUGGCUAAGGUUAAAGUGGGGGAAGAGUUAAGCGAGGUAUUCUGGACGACGAAGGAAUUGAGACAAGGGUGCCCACACUAUUUGCGAUGUAUAUGGCGGACUUGGAAAAGAGAUUUGGGAGAGGGCAAAUAGGUGAGGUGGUGAUAGGAAGAACGAAGGUGCACGCGUUGGCGUAUGCGGAUGAUUUGGUGGUCGUGGCUAGAGAGGCGGUAGAGAUGAUGAGGUCUCUGGAGAGGUAUUUUAUGGCGCGGGGGUAACGAGGAUUGCUGAAGGAUGUACAAACGAAGGUAUUGGAGAUAGGUCGAGAGACUUGGCGAGGGAGACUCCACUUGUAGUGGGGGAGGAGGUUAAGGUGAAUGCAGUAAGGAUGGAGGCUGGGAGAAGAGCUAUGAAAUACGAGGAAAUGAUAGAAGGAAGACCGCAUUUCAGGAUCCUGGGAAGGUGCUGGAAAAAAAUUAAGGAGAGCAAGCUGAUAUAUGGGCAGACAUAUAGGGAAGGAUAUUAUAGGACUGUGGGAUAUUUUCUAACUGGGAUCAACAACAGAAGAGUGGAUAGAGGUGAAAUGUGGGGAGAACUGAGAAAUAGCGACAGGGACAUACAGCAGCAGAAAAGAAGGCCACAGAGGAACUGCCAAAGUAUCUGUUGAUGGAGGGGGAUGCUGAAGGGAUGAUAUUGGUGCUCAGAUUCCGCUGUGGCAAUGAGGAGAGUUAGAACAGGUACUGGGCGAACGAUGUGGAGAGGAUUGGGAGACGCUGGAACACAUUCUGAGAAGGUGAGCUAAGGGAGGAGGCGAUGGACAGGAAGCAGAUUUUGGGAGAGGGGAUGGGUCAAAAGAUGGAUGAGGGAGAUGAUUGGGGCGAAGAGCCAAGGGUAUGGGUCUAUACAUAUAUUGUACUGGAGAAAUAUUGUAAAUUGUAAACAAUAAAACGCUUAUUAGUA